AGGAAGGAAUCGGCGCGAGCUGCUGACGCCCGCCCCUCGGCGGCGAGCGGUGAUGACGUCAUCGAGGGCCUGCCUCUCCGCCCGCCGUCCCUUUCCGAGCUGCACCAGAGCAUGAGGAUCUUAUGGAGGCCAUUUGCAUUCUCAAGAAGACUUCUCAAAGUGGAAAACUGUAGAAUAACUGAAUCAGAAUCAAUUCCACUAGCUUGGACAUCACUGAUACAGACGCUUAGCAGAGCAACUGGUAUUUUCUUGUUGGAUCAAAGAAAAAGAUUCUCAACCAUGCCUGAAACAGAAACAAAUCAGAGAGACUCUGAAUUGUUUGCACCACCCUCUGAUGUUCGAGGAAUGACAAAACUUGAUAGAACAGCUUUUAAAAAGACAGUCACCAUCCCAGCGCUUAAAGUGAGGAAAGAAAUUGUCAGUAAAUUGAUGCGAUCCCUUAAAAGGGCGGCACUGCAGCGCCCAGGCAUAAAACGUGUGAUUGAAGACCCAGAAGAUGAAGAAAGCAGGCUAAUUAUGUUGGAUCCCUAUAAAAUGUUUACUAAUGAUUCCUUUGAGAAAGCAGAACUAGAUAUUUUAAGACAGCUUAAUGUCAAUCCACAGAUAUCUAAAUAUAAUUUGGAACUAACUUACGAAAAUUUUAAGUCAGAAGAAAUCUUGAGAGCUGUGCUUCCUGAAGGUCAAGAUGUGACUUCUGGGUUCAGCAGAGUUGGACAUAUAGCUCACCUGAACCUUCGAGAUCAUCAACUACCUUUCAAGCAUUUAAUUGGCCAAGUUAUGAUUGACAAAAAUCCAGGAAUCACUUCAGCAGUAAAUAAAAUCAAUAAUAUUGAUAAUACAUAUCGAAAUUUCCAAAUGGAAGUGCUAUCUGGAGAGGAGAAUAUGAUGACCAAGGUUCGAGAAAACAACAACACCUAUGAAUUUGAUUUUUCAAAAGUCUAUUGGAAUCCUCGCCUCUCUACAGAACACAGCCGUAUCACAGAACUUCUCAAACCUGGAGAUGUCCUAUUUGAUGUUUUUGCUGGGGUUGGGCCCUUUGCCAUUCCAGUAGCAAAGAAAAACUGCACUGUAUUUGCCAAUGAUCUCAAUCCUGAAUCCCAUAAGUGGCUACUGCACAAUUGUAAAUUAAAUAAAGUGGACCAAAAGGUGAAAGUCUUUAACUUGGAUGGGAAAGACUUCCUCCAAGGACCAGUCAGAGAAGAGUUAAUGCAGCAGCUGGGACCACUGUCAAAAGAAAGAAAACACUCUGUGCACAUUGUCAUGAACUUGCCAGCAAAGGCUAUCGAGUUUCUCAGUGCUUUCAAAUUGCUUUUAGAUGGGCAGCCAUGUGGCAGUGAACUCCUUCCCGUAGUGCACUGUUACAGCUUUUCCAAAGAUGCUAACCCUGCUAAGGACGUUCAGCAACGAGCUGGAGCUGUAUUAGGCAUCUCCUUGGAGGCAUGCAGUUCAGUUCACCUAGUGAGAAAUGUGGCCCCGAACAAGGAAAUGUUAUGCAUCACCUUUCAGAUUCCUGCUGCUGUACUCUACAAGAACCAGACCCCAAAUCCAGAGAAUUAUGAAGAUCCACCUUUUAAACGCCGGAGGACAGAUAAAGCCUUUUCAGAAGAAAAAACACAAAUUGCUUCAGUCACUUAACUGAAAAUGCUUUCUCCAUCUCCCCACUAAACUUUUAUGUAUUGAAAUGUAAUUUGUAUGAUUUCAUAACAUUAUACCAGUUCCAUGGGUAUCAUCAAGCUGUAACAUUUUUCUUUAUUAUUACCAGUGUAUAUCCAUCAUUUCAAAACAAGGUAGGUAAGUGGGCUCCUAAAGUGCUUUUAAGGCACAGUAGAAUGUAAAUUAUUUUGAAAUUGAAUUAGAUGACAAAGCAUCUAUACCUGAGCUAAAAUACAAUAUAUGUUGACAUUACCAAAAGAAACAUUCAUCACAGCAUUUCCAACUCAGAGAAGCAACUGUCAGAAAAAUCAGAAAAUUUAAACUGGAAAUCUCUCAUCAUAGCAGAAUUUCUUCAUAAAAUAAAAAAUGAAAAUGAGGCUGCAACCAAAGUAAGUCAAGUCUCCAAUAAAGUCAGUCUCUUUUGUAAGCCAAGCACGGAAAGCCAUUUACUGACGGUGAGGUUGUUUGAAUGCAGCACCCAAAAAAAUGUGUCCAGAGACAGUAAACUUGCUUAAGACUCUGGGCCUUUUAGCAAGAACAGUUGGUCAAAGAGUUGAGGACAUUGGGAGCAACAUCAGUAAUCAAUUUGAAAGGUAAAUGAGUCCAAGUGGUUCUUUGACUUGGUGAGUUGACAGAUGUUACUACAACUGCUGUUCUUGUUUAUUUAAGCAUCAAUGCUCAGUUUGAAGUUACUGAAGAAUUAGCCUCUAUGAAUUCUGCAUGGAAUAACUACGGGUGAAUAUUUUCAAAGUUGAGAAAACAGUAAUUCUAUACAACCUGAAGUGGAAUCUGCUAAGAUGUGUUAUAAAUGAUGGUGGCAAAAAAACAGGUGAGGUAGAAAAAGACCUAAUUGGACAAAUUUACAAAGCUUGUGAAAAAUGUAAGGUAUUUAAAACCUAUGGUUAUUCACUGUAUUAUUCACUAGCACGUAUGAUGCAGAAAAUUUUGACUCUAUCAUGUUACUGAACCAGUAGUGUCAAUGGUAAACAAACUUCAUUUGCUUUCAGACUUUAACCAUCUUCAAUUCCUUGAAUUUUGUCAGAAAUUGAAGCUGAAUUUCCUGACUUGCUUGAUCUAAGUUUCAUUUGUCUAACAAUUAUAAAGUUUGAUUGCAAUUUUUUGA